AAUUGACAAUAAGAAGCAAUUUGUCGCUUAUCACAUGCUAACCACACUCCAAACCCACGCAUUCUGGGAAGCCUGCGCAUUGGCAGAUAAUAAAAUUAUUGCCGGGCCAACGCGUCGAAAAAGGCAAGUUGAAAGGACAAAGCCAUGUUGUGGUUUCAGUCUAGAACUUAACUUGGCCGAAGUAGCAACGUCAAGAUGAAACAAGGAAGUAUAGACCAAGCUCGCAUUCGACUAGGAAAAAUAUUAGAUACCCAUAAACUAGAUUAUCUGGACAAGAUUUUUCAGGACCUAUUACAAGAAUUCUGCAAUAUAUCUCAGUCGAGCAAAGAAAUGGCCAAGUGUACUACAAUAGUGUUGUUGACCAUUUUUGUUUCAUUCGGUCUAAAAUACUAUUAUGAGGAAAUGCAGGGAAAAAAUUGUGUUCUUUCUCUGCCACGCCCCCUGCGUUAUGCCCUUCGACCUCCCGAAAGUUGUGAUUUUUGUGCAAAUAUUAAACAAGUGCCGCGCCUUCAAAAUAUAAGCCCCCAGGAGUUUGAGAAAAAAUUUGCUUACAAUGCAGCCCCAGUUAUUGUUAGUGAUGCCACCAAAAAUUGGACUGCUGUUUCGUUAUUUAACUAUUGGUAUUUCCGCGAUGUUUAUGCCAGGGCCAAGCAAAAGCAACAUAUAAAAGACUGUCAGUUUUUGCCAUACAAAACAGGAUUCUUGGAUAUCUAUGAUGCAUUGGAUAUGACAAAAGAUCGGGUGGACCUAAAGCUAGGAGAACAGCCCUGGUACUUUGGCUGGAGCAAUUGUCAUGCGGAAACGGCAGAGGAGUUUCGAAGGCACUACGGAAGACCCUAUUUUUUGCCCGAAAGUUCGGAAAAUAAUGCUGUCGAUUGGUUUUUCAUUGGCACCUCUGGCUUGGGUGCACAAAUGCAUAUUGACAAUGUGAGGCUGCCAUCGUGGCAGGCUCAGCUGGCUGGCAGUAAGCGGUGGCUACUGGUUCCACCUCCGGAAUGCUACCUACAGUGCCAGACUUUCGAUGUGGUGGUCCAGCAGGGCGAUAUAAUUGUAUUGGACACGAACAAAUGGUACCACCAGACCUUUGUGCAGCCGGGAGCCAUCAGUCUGACUAUUGGAGCUGAGUACGACUAAAGUUAACCGGCUGCAGGCGGUUUUUCCCCGUGACAGGAAGCGGCUGUCCCAACAUCUCCAUUCAGUUCGGCUAACUAACAAAUAUGGUCAACUGUUACUGUAACAGUAACAAACUUAACUUUAACAUUGCCAUAUUACUCCGCUUUUGCCAGCCGGUUUGUUAAUUAAAUGCCAAAAACACGCAAAUUUCUUAUGUCGGGCAGCUGCGACUCCGCAGCCCGGGAAAAUCUAACCAAAAAUGGGGGCCACAGCCACUUCCUCGAAUGGUGCGACAUGUAAAACGCGUGUCAGGCGACAACGAUGCGUGUUAACAAUGCGUAAGUAUUAAGUAAUUACAACAACAGCCGGAGCAACUGCAGCAGACUCCCAAAAUAUGCCCACAAAAUGAGCAGCUACUAGCAGAGACAUUGCAGGCACACGCAAUGCAAAACCAUUUCGGCAAAAAGCUACAUUUUUCACGAACUUGCAGUCACUUUACUCUGUUAGUGGAUAAUUUAAUUUAAGCUUUUCGUUUUUCAUUCGAAAUCAGUUUGGCAGUCAUUUUCUAAAGUCGUUCUUCUUUCUGACAAAAUAAGUGAUUAUAAACUCCCGUAACUGACAUUUAUUAUAGUUUGUAGAGCUGUUACAGAGCAUUUGGUUGUCGCCUUAAGUAAGCGGCCAAUUUCGCACAUAUUUCUUGGUCAAAUUUGUCAAAUUGAAAUCGAAAAUGGCAAUGUCUGGCACUUAACUGGUCGGCCUGUUAAUUUUAACCAAAAAUCCAGUCGAGAGCACUCUCGCACAAAAUUUACGGGACUCGGGUAAGUUCAAUGUGCGCAUAGCCAGAGUUUUGGGCCAGCUAGAAAGUGGCUUGCAUGCGGCACGCACUCUACUCUUUUUCCAAUCCAAUUCACUCCACUCCACUCCUUUCGAUCACGCUCCAACUCCAACUCGUCCCGGACUUGUACUUGUUAUCCUGAUUGUAAAGUAAAAACUAAUGUUAUGAAUCCCGGCGAUCGCAGGUGCGCAGCUCCCAAACGCCAACACUUCCUGAUCGGUAUUGAGUUGCUGUGGUCUAGCGUACGCGGCGUAUGCGUAAUAUUGUGAAUAAUUGCAAAAGCGUGUCGUAAACUCGAUGUGCAAAAUAUUCAAAUAUCAUUUAUCUAUGCGGCCUUUUACAAUCUUUUUUCAUUUUUAUAUUUUUUUUUUUUUUUUUUUUUUUUUUUUGUUUGUGAGUAUCUGGGGAGCUACUUCGCUUACGCAGACAGUAAAGACUGAGGUGCAGAUACAGAUGCAGUUGCAGAUACAAUUGCAGACUUUCAGCAGACGGAGCAGAGGCCGCAACGAAAGUGGCCCCUGCCAAAACCUGUAUUUAACUUUUAAGUAGGUUGUUGCGGCAAAUUUUUCUGCAUUUUUACCAGCUGACUCUGGUCAGCCAGGUUCAAUAGCCAGGCCAAAGUCAGCGAUUACAACUUUGCCCGAUUGGCAGGCUCACGUUUUCGGUGCCCGGCGACCCCAAAAAUUAGCUCCAGCUCGCGGUGACCCCCAGCACUCAAAGACAAUCGAGCAAUUGAACAAUUUGCAAUCUCUAUCUGGAUCGUGUGACAUUUAAAAUAUGUAUAUCUAUCUGCUGCCAUAAGUGCUGCACGGGCAAAAAAUAAGAAUCCAUUUCGUAUCUCUCGUAGAUUUUAGUCUAGGAAUUUGUUUCUAAAUGAAAUUCAUCUUAGCAUUAUUUUACAUGAUUAUGAAGGUCAUUGUUGGAGGGAAUUCAUGUUAUCAUCUUUUUCCCUAUUUUGGUGAUAUUUUUUCACUGUGCAGGCUGAAGUUCAGUUCGGGAGGCAUUGUGUGUUGGCAGCAUUUCAAAGUCACUUUUUGAAAUCAUCUCGAGACUAAAGUUUGCCAUCAAUGGCUGCUGCAGCCCCAUAGCAGCUCAGGUGUUUUUAUUUUAUUUUUAUGUUUUUCUUUUUAUUUUUCCUUUGGCAUCUGCAAGUGUUGCAAUGCCAUCUGUUUUUGGUUGUUGUUGUUGCCUUGCUAUUUUUGUUUGCGGCUUUUUGUCGUGCGGUUUUGGUUUUUUUCGCUUACCAGUAAAUCGCGCCGGUCUGUCAGGUGACUUCAUGAUACGUCCGUCUGCAUCACAUGACGCUGAGCCAAAGGCUGUCGUCGCCGAUUCGAGGUCAAAAACCAUUUGCUGAUUGCCGUUAAAGAGCCGCCGUGACAGCGGGUGAAACGUUAGAAGCCAUCAUCACACCUGAGAACUCAUUUUCCGAGGCAUAUGUUUUUCGCCAAAGGUCUGUGUUUCAAACACCCUCUGUGGGAGUAUAUAACGGAAAAACUUUGGAAGCACGAUUCGUUGAAGUGCCAGUGAAGCAAACUCCAUCCGAUCUUUGGUAAUACUCGUCCUUAUUUUAAUUACCACUGUGGAACUCAAGAAGUUAAAGGACGCAGCUUCGCGUCAGAGAUGUGACAUGGAUUACAUGUGCCUCCCGAUCCGGUGCAGAUUCGCCCAAGAACUGCACAUUUCCCAAUCAGUGCAGUCUUAAGAUAUAUCAUUGCGAAGGAAAACAAGAUACGUUUCUAUCCAUUUGAUUCAUUUUAUCGAGAGGUCUUUUAAUUUAUAAUUUAAUUUAAUUUAAUCCAUGCAAAAUUUUUCAGAUAACAACAAAAUAAUAUUUAACAAAUGAUUAACAUGGCACUGCAAAAGUAUAGGUUAUUCUUCAUUUUAACAACUUGUAAAUAAUCUAAUCAAGUAAAUCAUAAUUUUAAUGUUUUCAAAAAUGUUUAAUUCUUGCAUUACUUGUAGCAAGAGUAUGUGAACUUCGGCUUGCCGAAGUUUGCUUUCUUUCUUGUUAUUAAUAAUU